GUAUUCAUAUUCCUCCUCAUCGGCAUAAUCUAUACCAGCUGUGAAGUCCCGACGGCGCUUCUCCAACGUUUCUUCCAACGGCAAAAAGUCUGGAGGAUAAGCUGCACUGCCAGGUGAGGCCCGGAAGACAUGGUUGGGCCCAAUGUCCCUUUGUGACUAACCGUCCCGGAGGGUGGAACGAUCGCCACGCAAGGCGCAUCCUUCAGAACGCCUUCCGAACACGAGCGUACAAAUACAGAACUCGCGACGCUGUGCAAGGUGUAUCCUGUGAGCCCUGUGGCAGGGCCCGGUGCGGCACGAUCCGUAUGGGAACUAAGCCCGGAUCCCGACAUGGUCGGGCAUCUACCGAACAAUCCGAUAUCCGGCCACCAGAAUCAUCAUGGCUCCAGCAAGGACACGCGACAAAGGCAUCGUCCUGACGACAACAUCUAUGCGGAUGAAGCUACUACUGGCCAGAAUCCUACCGAUGAGACCAAACAGAUCUUUGAAUUACUCAGAGCUGGGGAAAUUGAGGCGGUCGAGGAACUGGUUGAGAAAAACGGACUGAGUGUGCUGAGCGCGAGGGAUGAAUGGGGAUAUACACCUGCUCACUGGGCUGCCUUAGACGGCAAUGUUGAAGUCAUGAGAUAUUUGAUAGAACGGAAUGGACCCGUUGAUUUACCAUGUCUCGGCACACAAGGACCCAGACCAAUACACUGGGCUUGUCGGAAAGGCCACAGUGCGAUAGUACAAUUAUUAUUGAAGGCGGGAGUCGCGGUCAACGCGGCCGAUUUUAAAGGCCUGACGCCUCUGAUGACCGCCUGCAUGUUCGGCAAAUUCGCGACGGCCGCCUUCUUGCUAGGAUCCGGCGCACAGGGACAUUUAACGGACAUAAACGGAGAUACCGCCUUACAUUGGGCCGCAUACAAAGGGCACGUCGAGCUGAUCAAGCUAUUGAUGUACAGCGGAGUGGAUCUGCAGAAGCCAGACUACUUCGGGUCGACACCACUGCAUUUGGCUUGCCUGUCCGGCAAUGUCAGCUGCGUCCGAAUUCUUUGUGAGAAGAGUAAGAUUGAACUCGAACCGCGCGACAAAAAUGGCAAAACACCGCUGCAACUCGCCAAGAGUCAUCGCCACUCGGAGAUUGUGCGUAUUCUGCAGGCGGAACAGAAACGCCGUGCCAGAUGGAUACCGCCCAUCAAUGAGCUAUGGGCGCUACUGUUUGGAGGAGCCGGCAACAGUAAAGGGCCAUUGCUGUUGUUUAUGAUAUCCGUUCUGCUGUGGGGAUACCCGAUGUACCUGUUGAAGUGCAUUCCGUUAACUUGGAACCUUCUGCGAGGCAGUCAUUAUUGCUUCAUUUACUGGAACAUUCUCAUGUGGAUCUCGUGGAUUGUGGCCAACAGAAGAGACCCCGGUUACGUGCCGCAAAACAGUGAUGCCUAUUACAGGGCGAUAAAACAGAUUCCAUACUUCGACAAGUGGAAGAAGCGGAAUAUCGUACUGUCACGAUUGUGUCACAGUUGCAGAUGUUUCAGGCCCCUUCGGGCCAAACAUUGCAGAAUUUGUAACAGAUGCGUUACGUAUUUCGAUCAUCACUGUCCAUUUAUAUAUAAUUGCGUUGGCCUACGGAACAGAAUGUGGUUCUUCUUGUUCGUUAUGUGCGUGGCGAUAAAUUGCUCUUUUACAUUAUAUUUCGCGUGUUACUGCAUCGCAAUUGAGGGAAUUCAACUCUUAUAUGUUCUCGGCGUACUAGAGGCACUCGUCUUUUGCGGACUCGGCUGGAUUCUAACGUGCACCUCGGUUCUACACGCAUGUAUGAAUUUGACUACCAACGAGAUGUUCAAUUAUAAGAGAUACUCGUAUUUGAGAGACAAAAGAGGCAAAUACUUAAACCCUUUCAGCCGAGGACCCGUGCUUAACUUAAUCGAAUUUUUCCUCUGCCCGCCGGAUCAUCAAACAAACGAUCUUCAACAUUAUCAUAUUCUGUCGGAGGAUAUAUAAAAUUCGGAACAUAUGGACCUCGAUCGAACAACUAUCUUAUGCAUUCUUUCGCACGGAGAAGCGUCAAGCGCAAUCACUGCAUGUACAAUAAUACAUUAUUUUUUUCAAGUUACAUGUACAUUUUCGCACAUAAAAAAUAUUAUUACCACUUAUGAAAAAUUCUCAUAUUUCAUAGUUUAUAUCGCGCGACAUUUUGCUGCCAGGGCACAAAUUUGCAAAAAUGUAGUCAAGAGUUUUAUAUCAGUUAACAUUUUAAUAAAUAUCUUGUAAAAUUGAGUUUUACAGUUUAUUUAAUGUAUUAUAGUCUACUUACAUAGAGAUUAAUAUAAAAUACUGAUAGCACAAUAAUGAUAAAAAAUCUUACUUUAUAAAAUCUAUUACGACAAACUGGUUAUAUUAUCGUGCAUAUUACAUGCUUAUAAAGUUAAUUAAAAGAUCGUCAACAUAA